AUGAAUGCACUUGUUAAGCCUAUAAUAGCACCGUAUUUUAUCUCGGCCGCUGCUGGAUGGUCCCUGUUGAAAUCAUUACAGAUGAUCAUCGAUAAAAACUAUAAUGAAGACAAUGUGAAAGUGUAUCUUAAAAUAAUUAUCGAUGAAACACGAAAAAAAUACGUAGAAAAUCAGCUAGUUGAAGGUCUACCACUAGAUGAGUACUGCGAGAAAAUUAAAAGGAGUGGAAUUUGUGGAGACGGUCGCCAUGAACUAAGCUUACUAAGUGCUGCAUAUGGACGUGAGUUCCGUGUUUAUCAAAUGGACCACAAUGGUGAAAUUGAGAAUUUUUGUUGUUAUGGGGAGACCACAGACAGUAAUCCGAGCAGCGGUUGCUUGUUGUAUGACCCGAUAAAAAAUCAUUUUCAGCCAUUAAUAGAACGGUAUUUAUCAGGACACAUUAUAUCGACACAGUUGAACCUUAAAUAUCCGGUGGUACAAGAGUAUCUUAGUGCAUUUAUCAAGUCAAAAAAUAAGUCAGAUUCAACUACUAAUCGAACACAAAGAAAGCGUCUUGGUAAUGGUUUAUUCUGUUUAGGACGAAUACCAUUCUACAAAUGCCAGAAAUCUAUACAGUCAGAAAUAAUUCUACAAGGCAACGACAUUGCAGCAUCGAAUGCGUCCAAUGUUCAUGAUUCAAAUAGGCGUUUGGCUGAUGCGGCUGAAUCGAGUAUUAUACAGGCUGGAGAGAUACGUGGUGAUGGUCAAAAUGAAGUGGCAUCAAUUGAAGAUGGAAACGCAACUGAACCUGGGGAGAGACAGGAGCAACAAUUACAAGGCGCAAUGCUUGAGCACAAUGCGUUAGAUCCAUCGCAAACAACUGUUCAAAAAUAUGCAGAAUCAUCAUCGGACGAAACUAGCGGACAUCACAAUCAAGCAAUCGGCUUUCAAAUCACAUCUACAAGUACUGUACCGAAGUUCACUGAUCUGGCAACAAUUCUACCGGAGUUUUACAAUCAAAUCGGUGAACUUUUUUAUUUGUUACAACGUAAUGUAAAGUCAGAACAGCCACCUGCUAAUGAAGAAAGCAGAACUGUUCAGCCAACGUCCCGAGAAGUUGCUGGUCCGACUCAUAAUACUUUGGAUGUAGCUAAAAAACCUGCAGAUGUCAGCCAACUGGUCGAGAAACGAGCACCAGCUCCUCUCAUAAAACGUCAGCCAAGUCCUUGUCAACAUCGACACUACAUAAGUGAUAUAACUAAAAGCUUCCCUUGUAUACAAGCAGAAGGAAAAAUAGAGCGACAGCAUCCAGCAAUGGAGAUCAAACCAGAGUACAAAGGCAUGUAUGUCGAAGUUAAACUGGUUAAUAUGCAACAUGAGCCACACAGAUUUCGUCUCAUACCAGCACACUCGAGAAUGAACCGAGAUAAAACUUUGAGAAUUGAUGGUGUGACAAAGAACGACGAUGGAAUUUACAUAACUGACGACCCUAAUUCAAGUGUUAUUGCACAUACCGACACUAAAUCUAUAUUCUUUGCAAUAUCAGAUGCAGAUAUAAGAAAUCUAAUGAAAAGGUGA